AUGGGGGUGGGGGACGGGAAAGGGCGGGCACGGAGGCUCCGCCUCUUGCGUCACUUCCGUAAACAAAGGGAACUGUGGUGGCGCUGGGUCCGGGAUGUGACCCCGGCUCUAGCUGCAGCAGUAGCGUCGGAGGCUGCAGCUGCGGCGGUGGCUUCGGAGACUCCGGAGUCUUUGCAGGUUGAGGAAGAGGAUUCCGAUCCUCUCCUUCCUCAGGUCAUAAGAAGCUGGCCGUGGUGCAAUAAGGAACUUAAAACAAUGGAGGAGCGGAAACUGAAGAGGCGGAGUCCUAAGUCUUUUAGUGCCCACUCUACUCAGGCUGUUAAUGCCAAAAAAAAUGCCAUUCCAGUUAGUAAAAGCACAGGGUUUUCAAAUCCUGCAUCACAGUCAACUUCGCAGCGACCAAAGUUAAAAAGAGUGAUGAAAGAAAAGACCAGACCUCAGGGAGGAGAAGGAAAAGGCACACAGCCGGCUCCCAUUCAGCACUCCUUCCUCACCGAUGUCUCAGACGUUCAGGAGAUGGAGAGGGGGCUUCUCAGCCUUUUGAACGAUUUCCACUCCGGAAAACUUCAAGCGUUCGGAAAUGAAUGUUCCAUUGAACAGAUGGAACAUGUUCGGGGAAUGCAGGAGAAAUUAGCUCGUUUGAAUUUGGAGCUCUAUGGGGAGUUAGAGGAACUUCCUGAGGAUAAGAGAAAAACAGCCAGUGACUCCAAUCUGGACAGGCUUCUGUCUGAUUUAGAAGAAUUGAAUUCUUCCAUACAAAAACUACAUCUGGCGGACGCACAAGACGUCCCGAAUACGUCCACCAGCUAAAAGGACAUGCAGUUGCUUUGUUGCGGUUUGAAGAAAAACAGCAUUCUUUAAUUUUGCAGCUGAACCCAGUAGCAGAAUCAUCUUCCACAACAAGGAAUAAAGUAAUCAAAGUACCAGUGC